ACACUCCCAACCCGAAAAACUUUUAUUUUUCGGAAAAUGGAAGGGGAUCAAACAUUGGAUGCAUUUCACAAUGAGUUGCUCGGUCAACAUUGGUGGGGGAAGAGCAAGUAGCAAACGGUUAAGGAACCAUUUGUGCAAACAUUACAGGGCAUACUACGACGGCUCCAGUCAAAAUGUGGGUAUAAAUAGUGUGGCCUGGACCAGCGAAAGACACACUCAGAGUUCAGCAGCUCUUCCGUCGAUAAGCAACAGCCAGCCAGCAAACCCUAAAAGCCCACCAAAGCCAAUCAACAUGAAGUUCUUCGCUGUCCUCGUCUGCUUCUCCGCUGUCCUGGCCAUCGCAAUGGCAACUACCCAAACUACAUCCCCAACCAGCACUCCCACAACGCCUUCAUCGCCCACGACGACGACGUACACCUAUACAACCUCCCCGUCCUACCCCACCUACACCUACACCACGGACACCACAACCACCAAGCCCAUCAAGCAGCAGCUCCUGUCCCUGCUGUUCAACAAGAAGUCCGGAUAGAGCCGCCCAUCCGAUCCACGAUGCUGCCACUUGACACGAUCCUCAUCACCUGAAUAGCCAAAUAAAAACACCAAAUACCAAAAAAACAAA